AUGACAAACACAAGAUGUGUUUUCAAUGCAGCUUCCGCACUGAGCCGUGUAUUCAUUGCCCCGGUUGAGCAUUCACCUAGCCAAUUCCUCCGCUCUCCAAACUUUUGUGUCAAAUCUCUCCUCAAAUUUAACGCAACACCCAUUCAACGCCGAACGGUCUUCAAAACAACCUCCAAUGUGGUUCCUGAAAAACGUCUUCCCCGCGAUGAAGAAAUUACCGCCCCUUACCUCCGUCUCAAGAACGCAGAACAAGGACUCGAAUCCCCGCGCUCCACGGCGGAUAUCCUCCGUACGCUCAAUUUGAAAACACACAGGCUGCAAGUAAUGACGUGGGGCGAAGAUGGCGAGGCGCCCAUCGCGCGGAUUAUUGAUAAGAAGGAAGCGCAUGUACGUAAGAAGAUGGUGAAGAGUAUGAAGAAACCAGUGGCGGUAGUCAAGACGAUUGAGAUGAAUUGGGCGAUUGAGAACAAUGACUUGGGGCAUCGGUUGGAAAAGAUGAGGGAAUUUUUGGAGAAGGGGAAUAAGGUGGAGGUGUUGUUGGCGGGGAAGAAGAAGGGAAGGAAGGCGAUGGUGGAGGAGGCGGAGGAGGUGUUGAAGAGGAUUCGGGAGUUUGCAGACGGGAUCGACGGAGGGAAACCUCCUGCGAAAGAUGAUGAAAAUGAGGCGUCGGCGGUUAAGGUGGUUAAGAUGCUUGAUAUGAAUUGGGCGAUUGAACAGGAAAUGUUGGGGCAUCGGUUAAAGAAGAUUAGAGAUUUCUUGGAGAAGGGGUAUGCGGUGGAGGUGUUCUUGGACGGAAAGAAGAAGGGGAAGCAGGCGACGCAGGAUGAGGCGGAGGAGGUGAUAAGGAGGAUUGAUGAGGCUGUUGAGGGAGUUGAGGGAGCAAUGGAGAGUAGAAAGAUGGAGGGGGUAGUAGGGGCGCAGGUGUUGUUGUGUUUUGGGGGGAAAAUUCCUACGAAGGAUGAUGGGAAGGGGGUGGAUGGGAAGGAAGAGGGUGGAAAUGAAGACAGUGUAAAGAAUGAGAGUGGUCAGGAAGACAAUGCACAGGAAGAGAGUGCACAGGAAGAGAUUGGACAGGAAGACAAUGAACAGAAAGAGAGUGACAGUGAAAAGAGAGAAAGAAUGCGAAAACGAAGAGGGUGGAUAAAGAAGGAAACUGAACAGGAAAAGAUUGAAAUGGAAGCGGAAGUGUAG